AAACAUUUACCAAAACAUGCACGAGCAGUAUUGCAGACGCCAAGACAGCCUUUAAAUAUUAUGAAUAUUGAAGGAGGCCGAUUUUUCUACAAUGGAGUUAAAAAGUGCUUGAUAAAUCGCUUCGAACAUGUGGUAGUUCCAGAAAUUAUAAACAUCAAUGUAUCAAUUGAUGGAUUGCCACUUUAUAAAGGAUCUCCUUCUUCCUUUUGGCCGAUACUAGUGAACGUUCAUGAAAUUCCGAUAUUUUCCCCCAUGAUGGUGGGUGUGUUUCAUGGAAUCACGAAACCCCCACAGCUGAAGGAAUACCUUGGGCCAUUUGUUGAAGAGAUGAAUGAUGUUAUCGAAAAUGGUAUCCCAAUAAACAACAGAGUAGUUCGUGUAAGAUUACGGGCAUUCAUCUGUGAUGCUCCGGCAAGGGCUUACAUAAAAGGUGUCGUCUAUUUCAAUGCUAAACAUGGCUGCAUGAAGUGUUGUACUGUCGGAGAGCAUAGCACGCAUGUACGAACAGUGUUCUUCAGGGACAGCGACGCACCCGAGCGUACCGAUGAACUAUUUCGCAAGAUGGCAUAUUCAGAUCACUACAGGGAGUACACUCCUCUUCUGCAACUUAAAAUAUUCGAUGUGAUUCAAGACGUUGUGGUCGCAGAUCGCCUACAUCUGAUCGACCUGGGUGUGAUGAGACGAUUGCUACGAGGCUGGUUGUAUGGAGCAUAUGGGGUAACAACGAAAGCACAGACGCAAGAGCAGGACAACCGUGUGAAGCAAGCCCGACCGACGAAGACUACUCAGAUAGAUGCAAACAGCAAAGAAAAAAACAACCAAACUCGAGAUGCGCACGACAUAGAUGAGAACCAAAUUGACAUAAAGUCUAUAGAACCUUAG